GACUGCGCGGAUCCAUGCUGGUCGCAAAGCCACUAUGUUGGUUUUCUCAUGGCGCGGCUCACAUGUAAAUUAACUUAUAUGAUUCGAAGUUAUUCUGUUGUUAGCCCGGCUGCAAUUAUGUGAUUCUUUUAAUUUUAGUUCCUACCCCGAUAUCAUCACUAAUGCCUUCACAACGACAUAAGAAAGAUUUAGGUGUCAAAGUGUUGAGAAAUUUCAGACACAGGGUUUCAUUUACCUAGCAUUGGGAAUGAAAAAGAAUUCUUCUUUGUCCUGCAAAGCUGAUGUAUUUUAGUAAAGUGAAAGAUACAUCUAUAUUCAUACAAUAUUUCAAAACAGAUUAUGAGGACAGCGAAUGGCUCAUAGCCUGUUAUAUUUAUUCAAGUAUCCAAACUUAAAUGUUUUCUCUCUAAUAAGUGUGUUAACACAAUCAUUUCAUCAGUUAUUUAUUUAUAAUUGGUCUUCCCUUAGUAUGUAUACUUAAGUGUACAUCCUAACUACUAGGAUAAGCAGAUAACAAAUACUGCAUCUUUAUUAUCAUUAUGAGCAUAAAACAACCGUGACCUCAUGUGAUAAGCUUACAAACAAGGGCACAUAUAUAGCCUAUUUAAAUAUAGAACAGUUCAUACUUACUAAAUCUGCCCUUACCUCUUAUCUUAAGUACUGAGCAAAAUGUUCGCUUACAUAUCGCACUGUAAAAUGUUUCCACUAGAGCUGUCAACCAUUUAACUGAUAUAAUAAAUACGCAAUCACGGACGGUUUAUAGGAUUGCAUCAAAUGAAGGCAUAUUCGUAAAGUCAUAAAUAUUGUAAUCAAAGAUAUUGUAAAAUGUAUUGGCUUUUAGUUUUAGUGAUAUUUUUAUUGGUAUUGACAAUUACUUGGCAUACAUUACGUAAAAUAAAAGUAGGAAACAUUAGCAGUCGGUACGUGUUAGUAACUGGUUGUGAUUCGGGAUUCGGCAAUUUGCUGACAAAACAGCUAGAUUUGCUAGGUUUCCACGUAUUUGCUGGGUGUCUGACACCAGCUGGAGUAGAAAGUGUGAAAAGCGAAUGCUCAGACAAGGUAAUGGCAAUACAAAUGGAUGUUUCAAAUGACGAAAGCAUCAAACAAACGAUAGAGGUCAUCAGAAAAAAGAUUCCACCUGAAAAAGGUUUAUGGGCAGUCGUCAACAAUGCCGGGGUUUUAGGAAGUAUAGGUCCAUCUACAUGGCAAACGCGACAGGACUACGAAAACAUCAUGGCUGUGAACUUAUACGGAGUUAUAAUGGUCACGAAGGCGUGCAUGCCACUGGUUCUUAAGGAACAUGGGAGGGUCAUCAAUACUGCAAGCAUUAUGGGAAGAUUUGCCUUCGGAGACCCAUCCUAUUGUGUAUCCAAGUAUGGCGUAGAGGCUUUUUCUGACGUUCUCAGACGUGAAAUUUACAGAUCGGGUGUAAGUGUUCAUAUCAUUGAACCAGGAUUUUACAGAACGCCCCUACUGGACAAUGAAUCAUACAGGCAAAAAAUAAACAACAAGAUAAAACUAUUACCACAGGAUGUAAAAGAGAGUUUGCCAUGCAAUUUAGCUGACAUGAUGGUGGGAGGUCGUGAUACUUUUCUUGAAAAGGUUGCAUCACCCAAAGUUAAUGAAGUUGUUUAGGCCUAUAUUGAUGCGAUUAUAUCACAGUUUCCUAAGAGCAGGUACCUUGUUGGUUUUGAUGCAAAGUUCAUAUUUCGCCCAUUGUCAAUGUUACCCGAGUGGAUCAGUGAUUGGGUAAUAGUAAAAAUGUUACCUUGAAUGGAUCAUGGAUUGAGUGGAUCAGUGAUUGGUUAAUGAAACAUGAAACCUAAAUUGAUCAGUGAUUAAGUGUUUUUGAAGUGAAUCAGUAAUUUGAUGAUAAUUAAAAUAUUUCUGAGCAGAUCAGUGAUUGGAUGAAAAUGAAAUUUUGCCUCGAGUAGAUCAUUGACUGAGUGAUAGUAAAAAUAUAACUCGAGGUUUUCAAUAUUUGGGUGAUACCAAUAAAUGUUAACUUGAGUUGCUUAGUGAUUGGGUGAUAGUAAAAAUGCUCCGCAAAAAACGGAAGUAGCCGAUACCCAAAAGACAUUCUUUCACAAAAAGUGAUCUAUAUAAAAAAAACAA